CAUUUUGUUCCCGAUCGUUGAGCGGUGUGGUUGUGGUUGCGUGCGCGUGAUUUAGCUGGUCGGCUGAGCUGGUCGCGGCAGUGAUAAGAAACGUUCCAGCGACAAAAGAUAACGCGAGUGACUGAUUGUUGGUUCCGUUCUUAAAACAGUUUGUUCUUUUUUUUUUUUUUAAAUCGUGCCUCGCUACUUGGUACAAAGUGAUGUUUACCGUUUUCCUAAGAAAGAGAAGAGGAAUUACCGAGGCCUUGCCUUGAUGGUGCAAUACCGUCGUCUUGGUGUGGUGCUCGUCAUGUGUGUUAGAUGAUUGGGCGGCGAUAGUGAUAAGAGAAAUUGGAAUCGCCUAGACGUCGUCGACAACGACGACGGCCUGAUUGAAAAGUGUGAUCGUACAGAAAGCAAAGAUUUGUUGUGGCAACACCGAGGGACCUGGUACUGGUGAAACUGCUAGGAACAAAUAUUUGAUCGGCCGUACACGAUUGGGAUCGAAGAAGCGACAAAAAAAGGCGCUCUCGCAUCCCUGAUUACACACAGUAGGCCUGGUGUCUGGUUGUCUAAUGGCCGAUCUGUUAUCAUUAUAGCGAGUGAAGCCUCCCGGUUCUUUGCCGGUCCCUUCGUGCCUCCUUACUGUGCAACUUCGUUUCGUCAAACAAGGAUCGAGGCAUCGCAGGACCUCGCGAAGCAGUCUUCUUGUCGCCGGAUGUGGUUCCAGAACGAUGGGUGUGUUUAGCUACCGGUUGAUUGCAUUAACCGUGGUGUACUUUGCCUGCCUCAAGGUCGGCCAAAUGUUGCUGCAAAAGCUGUCUGGCAGCAAUGGCGAACAGUGAAUCGCAGACCGGAAACAAACACAUCGACGCACAACAUUACGACCCGGCUGUCAACAGAAUGCAAUCGGGGUGAACGUGAACCAGGCAUCGUGCAGCACCCUUUUACCUGUAAUGUGGUAAGAAGCCUAAGGUCACGGUUUAAGAUACGACCGAGGGUUCACUGCGCCGCGAGCAGAAAAAGCAAACCCGUGAUAGAACCGUGGUACCACGUGUGUGUGAGUGUUUGUGUAAAGCAGUGAAGGGAUCAGGAGAUAAUUUUGUGUGAAAAAAUCACAUAUAUUGUGUUAGUGAGCACGUGGUCCAGGAAAGAAUACCGUUUAAAAAACAGUUUGCAUUUGCAAACGAAACUACAAUCACUCUCCUUACAUUAAGCGCAUAAGAGAAUUGCCAUCCGCCACAUCAUGACUUCCGAAGUGUUAAAUCGGACGCUACAGAGCUGGAGCAAUGGUUCGCUCGAGUUUUCCUACGAUGUUACGUCCGCGCGUAGCUCCGAAGCAGCACAGGAUAGCAAUUUCCCCGACGAUACUAACAGGUUCUCGCGCCCACUGCUGACAUUCGCUGCCAUAGCAACCAUCCUGAUUAUGAUAACGGGGAUCGCGGGCAAUGUACUCACGAUUGUGGCGCUCCUGAAAUGUCCCAAGGUGCGAAACGUAGCUGCUGCCUUCAUUAUCAGCUUAUGCGUUGCGGACUGUAUGUUCUGUGUGUUUGUGCUGCCAUUCAAUGCAAUACGGUUCAUCGAGGGCACGUGGAGCUUCGGCGAGACGCUCUGCACGUUGGUAACGUUUAUGCAGUACGGCAGCGUUGGAGUGUCCCUGCUCUGCAUCACGAUGAUCACCAUCAACCGCUAUAUCAUGAUUGCGCACUAUAGUAGCUACUCGAAAGUAUACAAAACAACCUGGAUUAUGCUGAUGAUCGCCGUCUGUUGGCUGUUUUCCUAUGGAUUCCAAAUUCCUACGCUGCUCGGUGUCUGGGGUAAAUUUGGCUACAACCAUCAGCUGGGAACAUGUUCCAUCUUGCCGGAUGACGAAGGACGCAGCAGCAAAACGGCCAUGUUCAUCAUCGCCUUCCUCAUUCCAUGCAUCAUCAUUGUGAUAUGCUACAGUCGCAUUUUUUGGGUUGUUCAUAAAUCCGAGAAGCGAAUGAAGAACCAUUCCAAAUCGCAAUGCAGCAUUCCAAAUAAUUUAAGAUCUGUCGAUCCCGCAGCUCCACUAUCCACCGGUAGCUCCAGCUCAGCCAACAACAACUCCAUCAGCUACACCGCCAGCUCAUCGGCUGUGAAGAUGGCCACUAGGGCCGCGGCGGUCAACAGUGACAAUCGCGAUGCGAAAGCAAAACGUAACGAGUGGCGGAUCACAAAGAUGGUUCUAGCAAUCUUUCUGUCCUUCGUCAUGUGCUAUCUGCCCAUAACGAUAUCCAAAAUCGUCGAUAAGAAUGUAUCAGUACCGGUGCUGCACAUCAUAGGCUACAUCAUGCUGUACCUAUCCGCCUGCAUCAAUCCCAUCAUCUACGUCAUUAUGAACAAGCAGUACCGCCAGGCGUACAAAACUGUGCUCUUCUGUAGGGCAUCUCGAUUGCUGGGUUUCACGCACGCUGGUAGCAGUGUCGGAGAGAAAUGGAAAGACAUAGGGUACAGCUACAACCACAGUCGUACCAUGGUGUCCCAAGUUUCAAUAGUCGAGUCGGAGUCGCCGUACCUCCCAGCCACCCGGCUGCGCCAAGAUUCGCCGCACCCUCAGCAUUUGGUCGCCAUUCAAGAUAGUUAAGAGCGCUCUCUCUCUCACACACACACGUUCGUUCUGGCAGCACGUGUUUGGACUGAAACGUAUCUAUUUGUUCCCGUAGACUAGCGGCCAUCAAUGCAAAAAAGUACCAAAAACCAUCGCAUAGCCAUACUAGAAGCAGGACACCCAACCGAGCAUCAUCCCGAUGCUGAAGAUCAUCAGACUCAGUGGCUAAGGACGCCAUAAUACAGCAUCACAAGCACUAACCCCAUCGAUGCCUCAACAUAUCGACACGUGAUAGGUACAAUGCGCGUAUCCAUCAAGAUAGUUUUAUCAGCAUACCAUAAGCAAGUGACCAAAAUGAUGCCAAUGAACGCUCUGCAAAACAGGGCAAGAUGAAGUUACGUGAUAAGCAUAAGAUAAGCUAACCGAGCGUAGAAGGCUUCCCGAUUCUACUAUCGACGCGUUCGGUAUCUAUCUGAUCCCCGUUUUUCUCUUCGAUUGAAGAAUAAAGAAACUCAUUCCCAAAGAAUGCUUAUUCCAAGUUUGGGCGUAGCCGCCGUCGAGCAAACGAAAACGCCGGUGGGCUCUGUUAUUUUAUAACGACUAGUAGAUAAGAUUAAAUUAUUUAACAAGAGCUCAGCAUUCCCCUACUUGAACCUGGACACUGAUUCUUUAUCGCUCUAUUUGCCAAAAAUGUACAUACGAACGGAUCAAUGAAUAACAGAGAAAUAAAAGUUAAUGAUUGAACUUGAUAAAUUGACUCAUUUUAUGCAUUACUCCGACUAUUGGUAACACAGCGUACUAAGAUUAAAAGCAUGUGGGUCAA